UUUAAAUUGUUACUUGAAAAAUUGCUUGUGCGAUGAGUUAGAUCCUGGCAAGAAUGCUUAUUAAAAGAGAAAAAAAGGAAGGGGGGGGGGGGGGGGAGAGGACAAGAAUGCAGCAAAGAGAGUGGAGUGUGGAAAAAGAAAAUUUUCAGUAUUAUCAAAGAUCAAGUCCUUCCUUUUCAUUGUUAUGGCCCACUAAUUUUAGGUGGAUAUAGCAAUCCUGCCUUUGAAGUGUUCAAGUUUUGCUUCGUCACUCUUUUAGACCAACUAUUUCUAGUCACCUAAGAAAAAAAGAUGUAAGAUAAUUUAAUGCAAAAGUUGUAGAAUUUCGCUUUUUUCACAUCCGAGUGAUUGGAAAAUGAAAUUGUGAAAGAAAAAAACGUGUACCAAGAUUGUGUUAAAUUUUAAGAUUUAAGUAUUUAAUUGAAAAUUAAUUGAUAAUAGAUAAAAAGUAACUUAUUUUAUGUUAAAUUACUUUUAAUUGAACAGAUGUGAUGUUUUUUCAUUUUACGUCAAAUACUUUUCAUCACGUGUAGGAACAAUAAAUUUAUCCAAUGACAUGAACUUUACAUAUAUAUAUUCUAUCACAAAGAGAACAUCAAUGGAUAAUAUUUAUUAUAAUAUUAUUAAAUUUGAAUAUAGACAUUUAAUUUAAAGUUAAAUGGCAAUAGAAAAACCCAGUUGUUAUAUUUAUAUGAUCAAAUUAUUUUCAAUUUAACAUGUGAGAAAAUGUUUUACUCUAAUGUAAACAAAAGCAAGAAGUUACUAUUGAUCUUUGCGCACAAAUGCAGCAAAACUGAUGGUAGUAGAUAAUGAUCAUUUGGAUCCGAAUCGCUUUCGGCUAAAAAGGGGUUGCCCAAUUUGGGUCCACUUCCUUCACAAAACACAAUUAUUAAAUGCUUGACAUCAAGAAAAGUAAAACAAAAAGGAUAAAAAAUCUUAAAGCACUAAUGUGCUUUAUUUAGACUUUUCAAUUAACCAAUUCUUCUUUAUACCUAGAAAAUCUAAAAUGUGCUUUAUUCAGGCUUUACAAUUAACAAAUUCUUUUUUAUACCUAGAAAAUCAAACGGUUACAUGUUUAAAAGCAUUACAGAUCAUAGAAAUAUGUGCAUUUCUUUUAAAAUAAAUGUUUUGUUUAUCAUAAAUACAUGAGAAUGAGAUCUUUUGUGUACAAUAUUGAAAAAAAAAAAAGGGUGAAAUUUUAAAAUUCGGACCUUAUUAUCUAAGUGUUGUUUAUUGCAGUGUACAAAUACUUUAUUAAAAAAAUGUACUUAGUCAUUCAUUGGUCAUGGCUUAUGAUUCACAUUGAUGUCUGUCUGUCUGUCACGGGCGUCAAAUAUCAAUCACAUGUCUCAAAAGAGCAUGGUCAGCCUCACGGGUCAUACCGUUUUUUUCUUUAAUUAUUUUUUGUUUUCUUAUUAAUUGCAAUUAAAUAUAACACAUUUAAUUAAGGGGUGCUCCUUCAAUUGUUUUCUUCUUCUCGUUUUAUGUGAGGAACUCAAUGUUCUUCUUCUAACCAAACAUUAAAAAAUAAAUAUGCUUGUCGAUAGAAUUUUUUUUUUUAGUAGAUUUUAUAACUUUUUAUUUAUUCAUAGACAGCAAACACAAAAGUAAAAAAAAGGUGAUGGAAAGUGUGCUGUGAGGAUUGAGGAAAGACCGGAUGAAGGCAGAUGAGUUACCUUGUUUCUUGUGUCAGACAAACCUCCCUUUCCUUCUUCCAAUUAACUAUAUAUAUAUAUAUAAAUGGUCAACAUUAUUGAAUAAUCAGUGAUGAAUAGAAAAAUGAAGAGGUGAUAUAAAAAUGUAAUGACAAAUGCCUGAGUACACCCCCAUUGGACAUAGCAGAAUCUAAACAAAUUUAGAACAAGUUGUUUUCAAGUCCAAAAAUCUGACAAGAAAAUUGCCAAACACAGUUUACUCAAGCUUUGAAGAACUCCAUUACCAUUUGGAACAUUUCUUCCCCCUUCUCCUUUUCCCUGACCCUUAAUAGUUGAUGCCCAGUUAACAAAAAUUGAUGGAUGAGUAAUGUUAAGUCCCUUGGGACCAACAAGUAAAAAAUGAGCAAGUGGAAAAAGUAUUUUGAAAAUAAAGAUAGAGAAAUUUUUAGACAAUGGUUGGUGAAGGCUAUUAUAAAAGGUUAAACCAAACAACUGUCUGUUGCACUGGGCCUGAGACACAUGAUUUGCCCCAGUGAAAAAGGUAACAACAGGAACAAGGGAAAAAAAAAGAACAAGUUGGAGUUGGGUUGGAAGGUAAUUGUAGGCAUGGAAAGAAAACCAGACUCUGUCUUCUCUCUCUUGUUGUUCUUGUUACAGUUGUGAGUUUUGGGACAGAUCUUUAGCCAAGUAAAAAGCUUUCCAAAAGAAACAAAGAAAAACCCAGACCAGCCCUUGAUUUUUCUUCUCCUCUUUUUUUCAUUUCUUUUUUCUUUCUCUCUUUCCUUGCAUGAGGCAGGGCUAUGAUUGAGUCAACCAAACAAAGAUUUCCUUACUGUCCAAACUAUCUUCUUUAACUUCCUUGUUCUUCUUUUGUUGUGUUUUUUUUUUUACUCUUUCCAUCUUUUAUUUCUGAUUGUAACCGUGAAAUAAAAAAUGGGUGAUGCUGCUCUUGUUUGGUUGGUGCUCUAGUGAAACGAGUGAUUUUUAUUUUUCCAAAUGAGGGAAAGUGUGAGAAAAUAAGCAUAGAUAAAAAACCAGCUGAAAAGAGAAACAUCAAGAUUUUUACUUGUUUGUUACAUACACUUUCACUCUUCUUUUUCCUUGUUUUACUUUUUUCUGGGACUGCAACAUUUGAAGAGGAAAUGCGGAAGCAUGGAUGGCAGCUUCCUUAUCAUCCACUCCAGGUGGUGGCUGUUGCUGUGUUCUUGGCACUUGGAUUUGCUUUCUAUGUGUUUUUUGCUCCUUUUGUUGGGAAGAAGAUGUUUCAAUAUAUUGUGAUGGGAAUCUAUACUCCUCUUAUUACAUGUUGCCUUGGCCUAUAUAUUUGGUGUGCGGCGGCAGAUCCUGCAGAUCCUGGAGUUUUCAAGUCUAAAAAGUAUCUUAAAAUUCUCGAGAAUGGAAAGUAUUCUGGAUCAAAGGAUUCUAAAUUAGGUGGGGAUUCAACUAUAUCCUUGCAUGAUGAUUAUGCUACACCAGAUGGAGCAAAAACUCUGGAAAAGGAUGCAGCAGCUAGAGAUGAAACUUUGAAACACACCAGUCCUGAAAUUGAGGGAAAAAAUGCUUCAUCGAAGCAAUCAUCUUGUUUGCUAUGGAUUUUCUCUCCUUGUGCUUUUAUCUGCAAAUGCUCUAGCUCAAAUGAAGAAUCUCCUGAGCAACAGAUGAGUGAAGAUGGCAUGUUCUAUUGCAGUUUGUGUCAAGUUGAGGUUUUCAAAUAUAGCAAGCACUGCAGAGUCUGUGACAAAUGUGUUGACCGUUUCGAUCAUCACUGCAGGUGGCUAAACAAUUGCAUAGGCAAAAGGAACUACCGGCAAUUUUUCACUCUCAUGGUUUCUGCUCUUCUAUUGCUUAUUCUACAAUGGUCGAUUGGAAUCCUUGUACUUAUCUGCUGUUUCAUUGAGCGGAAGCAGUUUUCUGUGGAUAUUUCAUCAAAGUUAGGAAGCAGUUUCUCUUUGGUUCCAUUCGUUAUUGUGGUUGCUUUGUGCACCCUUUUGGCUAUGAUUGCUACAUUACCUCUUGCACAGCUUUUCUUCUUUCACAUUCUGCUUAUAAAAAAGGGAAUCAGCACAUAUGAUUACAUAAUAGCUUUACGGGAACAGGACCAAGAGCAACAAGGAGUUGGUGGUCAGCAGAGUCCACAAAUGUCCCCUGCCAGCUCGCUUACUGGAUUAAGUAGUGCUAGUUCCUUUUCUACUUUUCACAGGGGUGCUUGGUGUACACCCCCACGUCUGUUCCUUGAAGAUCAGUUUGACGUUGUUCCUCCUGAUACUGCAUCUGUGGGUUCAUUUGGGAAAAAAAUGAUAAGGGACGAACCGAUUAAGAAGAACCCAGGAGUAGUUAAGAUCAGUCCAUGGACUUUGGCACGGUUAAAUGCAGAAGAUGUUUCAAAAGCUGCAGCUGAAGCAAGGAAGAAGUCCAAAAUCCUGCAGCCUGUGGUGAGACACGAAGCCCAUUUUGGGCUAGAAGCAGCCAGCAGCUUUGGCAGCAGUGGCCGGAGAAUGUUCCCAAGACCUGAUGGCAACAGAAGACGAGCAUCUAAGCGGUUGCGUCUUCCAGCUGACCUACCCUUGGAGCCCUUAAUGAACAUUUCUGCUAAAGAUGCUGACAAAGGUUUCAAUGACACACCGAGUAGUUUGGCACCUCUUCAACUAGAAGCCCGAAGUGCUUUCCAAACAAGCCAAGCAAUGUCAAGUUCUGUUGGGAUUGCUGCCUCUUCACCUGAGAGCAGUUUAGACUCACCAGAUAUUCAUCCAUUUCGGGUCUCCUCAUCGGGAGCUGAAGAAUCAAGACGGCUAACAGGUUUACCUGCUGUCAACAUGGCUGCUCAGAAGAGAUUUCAAUUGUGGAGUUCUACUAGUGAUGGUUAUGAAGCAUCUGGUGGGGAAGAUAGUGAUCGAGUUCCUUCCAGAAUGAUCCAGAGAUCAACAAACUGGAGCAAUGUUCUCUUUGGUUCUGAACAGGAUGAGUGGGAUGUUAAACUAAAAGCACCAUCUUCAUUCCGCCAGGCUACCAAUAGAAUGCUGUGACUUAUGUGAAUGGAUGAAGUUGGUUGAUUUUCACUGCUUAAUGGUCCUCGUUCAAUUGAUUUGGAAUUUUGAAUGUUGGCUUUUGAGAUCAUUAAAUCAGGGCCUAAUGGGAGAGAUGACAACAGGUGUAAAGACACUCUGAUUUCUAUGAAGGCAACACUAGCCACCGGAGUUUCAUUGAAGAGCCUGUCCUUUGGUACUUGCAUUUGGGAUGACAAGAAGGAAAGGGUUUUUGGCAUGUACUGAGUAUAACACUCCAUUGUACUUCCGUAUUGGUUUUGAUGAAAGUGAUUCCUCCUGGACUUGUCUUGAACGUUUCCUAAGUUUCUGAAAAAAAGUGAAAAAUUUA